ACUCCUCCUCCACCUCCACCUCCACCUCCACCAAGCCAGAGCCAAAAAGAAGCAAGCAGGAAAGAGAGAGACAGCAAGCGAAAAUCAACAAAGCCAGCCUGAUAAAAAAGGAAGGAACUUGUCCAAAUUCCACCCAUUAUCACCCCCCCCCCUCCCCCCUCCUCCUUCCUGUCAAGAAUCACCUCAGACAGCUGAGAAAGAAGGACAGCUGAGAACACUUUCUGGUGCUGAGAUUCAAGCAAGCGACCCUUUGAUUGUUUGGGCAAGAACCCCGGUUUUUUGUUUGGGGUUUACCUGAAUGAUAACUUGUUGAUAUCUGACAUUGAGAAGAGAGCAUAAUUGGACUGUGAAAAAAUCUGUACGUGAUAUAAUGGCUUCCGUGAGCAUGGCGCCUGUGUCUGGUUUAAGAGAUCCAGCUGGGAAUGCAGUGGCUUUUGAUAGAUUGCCUGAUGAGAUGAAUGACAUGAAAAUUAGGGAUGAGAAGGACAUGGAGGCAGCUAUUGUCGAUGGUAACGGGGCAGAGGCGGGUCACAUAAUAGUCACGACAAUUGGUGGUAAAAAUGGGCAGCCAAAACAGACGAUAAGCUAUAUGGCCGAGCGGGCUGUUGGGCAGGGGUCAUUUGGAAUAGUCUUCCAGGCAAAAUGUUUGGAGACUGGUGAAACAGUUGCAAUUAAGAAGGUCCUACAAGACAGGAGGUACAAAAAUCGGGAGCUUCAAACCAUGCGUCUUCUAGAUCACCCAAACGUUGUGUCUCUUAAGCACUGCUUCUUUUCCACAACCGAAAAAGAAGAGCUCUACCUGAACCUCGUUCUUGAGUAUGUGCCGGAGACAGUCCACAGAGUGAUAAAACAUUAUAACAAAAUGAACCAGAGGAUGCCACUAAUAUAUGUGAAACUCUAUUUUUACCAGAUAUGCAGAGCGCUUGCCUACAUUCACAACUGCAUUGGAGUGUGCCACAGGGACAUAAAGCCUCAAAACCUACUGGUUAACCCACACACUCACCAGCUAAAGUUAUGCGACUUUGGGAGUGCAAAAGUUUUGGUAAAGGGCGAGCCAAAUAUAUCUUACAUUUGUUCCCGAUACUAUCGUGCACCCGAGCUCAUAUUUGGUGCUACUGAGUACACUACAGCAAUCGAUAUCUGGUCAGCUGGCUGUGUACUGGCUGAGCUACUCAUUGGACAGCCUCUCUUUCCUGGUGAGAGUGGUGUGGACCAGCUUGUUGAAAUCAUUAAGGUUUUGGGUACCCCAACCAGAGAGGAAAUAAAGUGCAUGAAUCCCAACUACACCGAGUUCAAGUUUCCUCAAAUUAAGGCCCAUCCGUGGCACAAGAUAUUCUAUAAGCGCAUGCCCUCUGAAGCUGUGGAUCUCGUCUCACGGCUACUGCAGUAUUCGCCAAAUCUUCGAAGCACAGCUCUGGAGGCUUUGGUCCACCCUUUUUUCGACGAGCUACGCGAGCCCAACGCGCGACUACCAAAUGGACGUCCUCUUCCGCCACUCUUCAACUUCAAGACUCACGAAUUGAGAGGAGUACCGUCGGAGAUGCUGCAGAAGCUGAUUCCCGAGCACACGAGAAGACCAUUGCCCUCCCACGGGUUCUAACCCCGCUCCGUCCUUUUGUAGAGAAGAUUAGCUAGAGGCUUCUUUUAUUUUGUUAUGGAAAUGUCGGUUUCUCUUCCUUACCCUGUACCCCCACACAUGUUCGUUUAAUUUGUUUUGCCCGCGUUAAAUUCUGCGCCGCCAUCCUAAGACGCAGAUGAAAAAGGUUCUGCUUAGAGUACUGCUUUGACAAUCGGAAACUGAGUUUGCUGACCGUGCUUCGCUAUCUGACGGGAUUGUAACACUGUAUUUAGUAGAGAGAAGUUUGUUCAUCUCAA